AGGCGGUGUGGGCUGCGCGGCUCCCAUCUCGACGGGGCGCGGAGGAGCGGGUUUGUGGGUCAGUUUGGGUCAGGCCGCGACACAACACGCAGGCACGCCGCCACACCCAACCUUAUAUUUCAUACACCUGCCACACUCUUCUCCACCGUCAGCCAGCUUUUUACACUAUUCUAGCUUCCCUGCCCUCAUCCUGCAAGUAUUCCUGACCGUCCGAGACUUGGUGAGGCAUCGUCGCCUGGUCACUGGAAGAAAAUUACCGAAGUACUGUUUUUAACUCAUCUCAACUGAGUCGCGGUGUUCAGUAGUUUUGCCUAAAAUUAUAGAUUCAAGGAUUCUGUCAACAUUUAACUUAAUACUCAUCGCUGAUCGCAAACUGUUCGCAUCAAUGUGGAAGAGUUGAGAAUGGUUACCACUACAAACCGUCACAAGUUGUGUACAAGACAGCUCGCCCCGCCAGUGUGAAAUAGCGCCAACAAAGUUUCGGUGACGACGUGAACCAGCGAGUAACGAGCGACAGCGUCGGUAAAUUAUCCAGCAAGGAGAGGCGGACCUCACUUGAGAAAACUUUGUGACUUAUUGUCUCCACGACUGAUUAUUAGUAUUUGUGAAUGUUUAUCUCUGGGUGAGAAUCACGUGUGCAGCAUGCCGGUGUGUGGUGGAGACACGAAUGCACAUUGUACCAUGAGGGAGAGCCACUGAUGAAUAUUCUCCGGUCACGCGGCCACCCGUAGGAAUGCUGUGUGCCUGGAGGAGCGCGGUCACUUUGGAGGAGUGGGGGCUCACCAGUGUAACAAGUCACACUGAGGCGCGGCGGCUGGGGUAGGCUGCCCCGCCCGCCCGCCCGCCCAUCAUGAACUACAAUUUUACUCUCGAGAUCCUAAACACGUCUUGGAUCUUCGAUGAUUAUGACUUUGAUUUCUCCCCCAAGAAGCCUCCGGUGGUUGACAUCCCGGCAAAUCACAACGUGAGCAUUAAUGUCACGCCCGCGACUAGAGACCAGGGGGAGGUGGUACCGGAGGUGGUACCGGAGGGCAGGGCGCAGGAGUGGAUGCUGGAGUUGGUGGUGAAAUCUGUCAUUCUGGCCAUCAUCGUAGUUCUCACCAUCGGCGGUAACGUGCUGGUGCUGCUGGCCGUGUUCAUGUCCCGUAACUUGCGUUCCUCCACCCAUUACCUGAUCGUUAACCUGGCGGUGGCUGACCUGCUCCUCGGCACCACCGUCCUGCCCUUCAGCGCCACACUGGAGGUAUCAGGGAAAUGGUACUUCGGCCAGGUAUUCUGCGAGGUGUGGGCGACCGCUGAUGUCCUGUGCUGCACGGCUUCCAUCUGGUCGCUGUGCGUGAUUUCACUAGAUCGUUACAUCGGCGUGACACGACCACUGGCGUACUCCAGCAUCAUGACAGAGCGGCGGAUGUGUGUACUGAUCGCGGCCGUGUGGGCGCUGUCCAUCGCCAUCUCUAUCGGGCCUGCCUUUGGGUGGAAGACGCCGCCAGACCCUGACCCCACUGUGUGCACCGUCAACCAGGAGCUGGGUUACGUGCUCUUCUCAGUCACUGGAUCAUUCUACUUGCCCAGCCUGUUUAUCCUUAUCCUGUACUGGCGGAUCUACCGAGCAGCGAUCCAACAGUCUAAGUUUCUGGAGAGUGGCAUCAAGACCACCAAGACAUCCGUGACACUCAGAGUACACCGGGGCGGCGACACGCGCCUCACCCUGAGGGCGCACCGCGGAGGCAUGGGCGUGGGCCUCGCGGCGGGCAUGGCAGCCGGUCUAGCCACCGGUGUGGGAGGCCUCAACGGACACUGUUUAGUAAAUGGGGACUUAAAACCUUCGGAAAAAGAAGAAAAACCUGGUCUAAGAGUUAAUGAAGGGAAGAAGACCAUGUCGAGGCUGAUGCCGCCCUCCCCUAACCUGGGGCUGCCCGUGACGCCCUUCACCUGGCAGGGAAGGCGACGCAGCGCGCGGAACGGUCAGGAUCAAAGCGGGGAGGCCGCUACCUCAAAUCAGGAGACAUCACCCUCUGCCUCCCCCGAGCGCCGCCUGACGGGCCCCACGGGUGGCAAGAUGGCUAAAUUCAGACGCCAAAAGAAGGCGGCCAAGACCCUGGGCAUCGUGGUGGGCGUGUUCCUCCUAUGCUGGUUCCCAUUCUUCUUCAUCCUCCCGCUGGACUCGCUGUGUGGCAGCUGCAGGAUCUCAGAGACGCUGUUCGCUACCUUCUUCUGGCUGGGCUACUUCAACUCCUGUCUCAACCCCUUCAUCUACGCCUGCACGUCGCGUGAAUUCAAGCGAGCCUUCAAGCGGGAUACUGUGUCGCGGGAGGGGACGGGGGCGGCGGCUCCCUCAACCACGCCACCUUCCACUCCGCCAUCUGGAGGAGGGACACUGGAGGACUCAGCCCUAACCCUUCCAGCCGUGGGAUCGAGGGGCUUCUGGCCACCACCAUGCCCCUGGCUGACCCCUGCGGGCGCCGUGUGGAAGGCUCCCAAGGCCCCUUGAAGACCCGGGUUGUGAGUGUGUCUCUGUGGCCUCUAUAAUAAACUGACCAGUAGCAGCUCCCAGCCACCAGGACUCUCUGCCAGCCAAGCCUCAGCCGUGUGCCCAUGAGGGGAGCAUCGUGCGGCGCCCACAGCUGACGAUACACUUGUUCCAUUAAGAGUUUCACUGUAAUGUUGGUGUAGAAGUAUUUCAGUUCCACUCAGGGGAGGGCGGGUUCACCGGGGGAGUGGGUAUCAGGGAUCCCGACUCAAGACUGCGAGGCGCUGAUGUGGCCGCUGGCUCACACUCAGCGCCCGUGACCGUGACAGCGCGAUUGUACCUUAUAGUAGAGAAAUCUUAGUCCUCAAUGUCUUAGAGAAGUAAGAGGAAGAAGCCAGAGGAAACAGGAGAAGGGGAAAUUAUUCUUAUCUUUAUUCUAUCAUUUGCAACAAUGUAUUUUCAGUAUACACAAUGCACACAGAAAUGCCGCACACAAGGAAAAGACAACACUUGCACAUGAAACAAUGCGCACUCGUGAGUCAAAGAAAACAAGAUCUGUAUUCAAGGCAGGCGUCUCUCUCUCUCUCUCUCUCUCUCUCUCUCUCUCUCUCCUCUCCUCUCUCUCUCUUCUCUCUCUCUCUCUCUCUCUCAAUCUCUCUCUCUCAAAAGUUUGGGUGGCGUGUUAAUGUAAGAGAGGAAGACAUUAUACCUUUAUUAGCAUAUUUAAUGAUCUAGAAUGCCAAGUUUUUUACCCGUCAGAUAAUUUCAUUUUGGUGCUCUUGCUUCAGGCACUUGUUGAUAAGGACGAGCACCAGCGGAAUCUUAAGACUAAUGAACACACACACACACACACACACACACACACACACACACACACACACACACACACACACACACAGACACACACACACA